AUUUUAUUUUAACCUAAGAAAAUACGAAAUUUUCAAAGUUUUUCCCUUAGGUUUUUCCUUAAAUUUUAACUUAAAAGUUACAAAAGAAGUAUAGAAAUAAUGUCGUCUUCGUUUAAAAAAGUGGCUGGUUUUUGUUCAGACUGCGGUUCGAUAUUACCGCCCUUAAGGGACAUUGGAAAUAUUGUUUGUUACACUUGUUCGAAAGAGUACAAACCUGAAAUGUUAAUAGACGAAAAUAGCACAGUACAUUACACUAUACACUUCAAUUCGCGCCAUGUACAAAAGAAAAGGGAUGAUUUGAAGGUAUUUGAUGACGAGAAAGAAGAAGACGAAGGACCUAUAGUUGAGAGAAAAUGCCCUAAAUGUGAUAAUAAUAAGAUGUCUUAUGCUACAAUUCAACUUAGGUCAGCCGAUGAAGGACAGACAGUGUUUUAUACUUGUACGAAAUGUAAAUACAAGGAGAGCGAAAAUUCUUAAAACAACUGCUUUUUGUACAUAAUUUACUUCUUUGCAUUAUUUUGGAGUGAUCAAUAAAUCUUUUAAGUAUAACAAGUGGGUAUUACAAUGAAAUUACUUAG